AUGGCAGCAGCUAUACAGCAACAUUGGAAAAAUUUAAGUAUCUCUUUAAAAGAUGCUAUCUUAACUAUUUCUAUGAAUAGACCUAAAGUUAAUGCUAUGUCUAUUGAAUUACUUAAUGAUCUUGAACAAGCAUUUAAUCAUGCUUCAAAAAAUGAUGAUGUAAAAGGUGUUCAUUUACGUUCAAAUUUUAGUUCAAUAUUUUCUGCUGGUGCGGAUCUUUCUGAUAUGUAUGCACGAUGUGCAAAACGUGAUCGUCCACCAAUUGAAAAGUUUGUAUUUGAUACACUUACUCGUGGUGUAGCUUCACCUCUUCUUUGUACAAAACCAGUUGCUUGUUCACUUGAUGGUCAUGCUAUUGCUGGUGGUCUUAUACUUGCACUUGCUUGUGAUUAUAUAUCUAUGGGUACACGAAAACCAUUUCUUGUUGGUAUUACUGAAGUAGCUGUUGGUGUACCAUUUCCAGUCGUACCACUUGAAAUUAUACGACAUCAACUAGAUCCACAACUUGCACAUCGAUUAAUUUUUGAUGCAAAUAAUAUUUCAUCAACUGAUAUAUCAAUUCGAUGUGAAAGAAGUGAAACACCAGAUGAUUUAGCACAAAAAUGGUUGAAAAUGAUGAAAGAAAGACCAUUACAAGGUUUUCAAAUAACUAAAAGGAAAUGGUGGCAAGAUGUAGAGAAAUUAAUUGGCAGUGCUGAUGAAGAAGAAAAAAAAGAAUAUUUUGAAGCAGUUAGUGGUGAUGAUUGUUUACAAGCUAUGAAGAAAACGCUCAAGAAAUAA